UAGUUUAAAGUUCCAGUUAUAUUUAAGUAGAGUUUUUAACUUCCAAAACUAAACUAUACCGCAAUGCAUUCCUACAUUGGUCAUCUUCAUCGUCAUCUCCAAUCUAUCUCCUCCAUGAAACAAGUCGAAUCAGCGCAAGCUCUCCUCACCAAAACCGGCCUCAUCUUCACUCGCACACCUCUCGUCUCUAAGCUCAUAGCUUUCGCAUCGGUCUCGCCUCUCGGCUGCCUCACCCACGCGCAAUCCUUGUUCGAAGAAACCACCAUGGACGACUCCUUCAUCUGCAGCACCAUGGUCAGAGCUUACGCCAACAGCGACUUUCCCAUCAGAGGGAUUCAUGUCUACAAUCACAUGAUCGUGUCCCAAGUCGAGUGCGAUCAUUUCACUUACAACUUUGCGCUUAAAGCUUGUGCGAGACUCGUGAAAGCUAUGAAGAGAGACGCUGUAGAGGUAACCGAACUGGGGACUGAUCGUAAGGGAAGUGAGAUUCAUUGCCGGGUUUUGAAGUCGGGGUUUGAUUCCGAUCUGUAUGUUCAGAAUUCGUUGCUGUUUGUUUACGCUCAACUUGGGUCGGUGGGGCAUGCACGCCAGGUGUUCGACGAAAUGCCUGAGAGGAGCGUUGCGUCUUGGAACAUUAUGAUCUCUGCUUAUGAUCAGACUGGUGAUUUCGACUCGGCGGAUAAGCUGUUUGGGCUGAUGCCUGAGAAGAAUGUGGCGUCGUGGAAUACGUUAUUAGGAAGGCAUGUUAGAUUGGGGGACAUUGAGGCGGCGAAGACGGUGUUUGGAGAGAUGGAGGAGAGGGACGCGGUGUCUUGGAAUUCUAUGAUUGCUGGAUAUGUUCAGGUUGGAGAUUAUAAUGGAGCGUUGGAGCUGUUCAGGGAAAUGCAGGCUGCUGAAGUGGAAGCUACGGGGGUGACGCUUAUAUCGGUAUUGGGGGCUUGUGCUGAAGCUAGUGAGUUGGAGAUUGGAAGGAAGAUUCACGAGUCAUUGAAUAGAAAUGGGCAUACGAUUGAAGGGUACUUGGGGACUGCCCUUGUGGAUAUGUACUGUAAAUGUGGCAAGUUGAGUUCGGCUAGAGAAGUGUUUAGUGGGAUGAAGAUGAGACCGGUUGGUUGCUGGAAUGCGAUGAUUAUGGGGUUCGCUGUUCAUGGUCACUGUGAGGAAGCUUUGGAGUUGUUUGAAGAUAUGGAAAAGCAGGGUGGUGAUGUGAAGCCUAAUCAGAUCACGUUUGUUGGGGUGCUCAUUGCUUGUAGUCACAAGGGUUUGGUGGAAGAAGGGCGCCGGUACUUUAAUUACAUGAAAGAAGAAUACAAUAUUGUGCCGGAUGUUAAGCAUUAUGGUUGCAUGGUUGAUCUUCUUAGCAGGUGCGGUUUGUUAGAUGAAGCCUACCAGAUGAUCAAGGGGGAGCCUUCCCUGGCAAGCUGUUUGUUGUGGAGAACCUUGUUGGGUGCUUGUAAGGUACAUGCGAACGUUGAAUUGGCUGAGCAGUGCUUUGAGCAUCUAGCCAAAUUGGAAUCUCUUACGGAUGCAGAUUAUGUUUUGUUGUCAAACAUCUACGCUGAAGCCGAACGAUGGCAGGAUGUUGAGAGGUUGAGGGGUGAGAUGGUUUGUAAGGGAGUUCCCAAAAGCCUCGGCUUCAGCCAUGUAGAAAUGAAAUAAAUGAUUAGCGGCACAAGUUCAUGCACCCCGGUACUACUCUCACGCAAGCAAGCUAACUUAAAAGUUUCAGCUGGAUGCUUAUUUCCCAACUUAAAGAGAAGCCAUUUAGUUUGACAUGCAAGUUUCGGAUGGUUGAUUUUUUGGUUUUAUUUAUUAUUAUUAUUAUUAUAUUUUUUUUUUGAGAA